AUGGCUUCCCUAAAAUAUGAUCAACUUUUUCUUCUAUUUGAUUUACUUCUUUUUUUCGCUUUUCCAGCCACUGAAGAUGUUAGUCAUCUGUCAAUCACCGUGCAGAAAGAUAAACUACUUGGUGGCCUUCUUCCUUCUGGAUUUGAUGAAAGAUCUUGUCUAAGUAGACACGAGUCAGUCUUAUAUCAUAAAGAACUACGCCAGAAGCCUUCUUCUUAUCUCAUCUCAAAGUUACGAAACUAUGAGGCUCUUCAUAAGCAAUGUGGACCUCAUACAGUAUUAUACAAUACAAGUGUUGAACUUAUCAAGUCUGGACAAUACAGAGAUUCUUCAGAUUGCAAUUACUUGGUUUGGAUUUCGUAUAGUGGUUUAGGAAAUAGGAUGCUAACCUUAGCUUCUGCUUUCCUUUAUGCUCUGCUUACAAAUCGAGUCCUACUAGUUGAUCCCGGAGUUAAUAUGCCUGAUCUGUUUUGUGAACCUUUUCCCGGGGUUUCCUGGUUGCUUCCACCAGAUUUUCCUAUAAUCGACCUGUUUAGUACGUUUAAUCAGGAAUCUCCUCAUUGCUAUGGUUAUAUGGUGAAACAUGAUAUCAUAGGUAAUUCAACUGGUUCAAUACUACCUCCCUUCAUCUACCUUCAUUUAGCUCAUGACUAUGAUGAUCAAGAUAAAUUAUUUUUCUGUGACCAGGACCAAAGUAUUCUACACAAAAUCCCUUGGCUAGUCAUGAGAACAGAUAACUAUUUUGUGCCUUAUCUAUUUUUGAUGCCAGAGUUCAAGCAAGAGCUAAGUAAUCUUUUUCCGGAAAAAGAAACCAUUUUCCACUUUCUGAGUAGAUACCUGUUCCAUCCCACUAAUUCUGUAUGGGGGCUUGUUAUGAGGUACUAUCAAGCUUAUUUAGACCAAGCAGACGAAAAACUAGGCAUUCAAAUUAGAGUAUUUGAUACAGGUGUUGGUCCUUUUAAGUAUGUAGUGGAUCAGAUUACCUCUUGUUUGAUGAAUGAGAAUCUGCUUCCACAAAUUAAUCGGGAGGAGCCUAUACUCAAUCCAUCCGGGAAGCAGAAAACCAUAGCCGUCCUGAUCACUUCUCUAAGUAUUGGAUACUUUGAAGAGUUCCGAAACAUGUACUGGGAGCAUCCCACCGUGACAGGAGAGAUCGUUGGCGUUUAUCAGCCGAGUCAGGAGGAACAUCAACAAACUGAGAAGCUCUGGCAUGAAAGAAAGGCGUUGGCAGAAAUGUAUCUACUGAGUUUAACAGACAAAUUGGUUACAAGUGCAUGGUCGACUUUUGGAUAUGUAGCUCAUGGUCUUGGAGGUUUGAAGCCCUGGAUCCUAUACAAGCCUGAGAACAGGACAGCCCAUAAUCCACCUUGCGUUCAAGCUGUAUCACUGGAGCCAUGUUUCCAUGCCCCACCUUACUAUGAUUGUAAAAAGAAAGCGGGAACUGACACGAGCAAAAUUGUUCCUCAUGUGAGGCACUGUGAGGAUGUGAGCUGGGGUUUAAAGCUAUUUGACCAAAAUGGUGAAUUAUAA